UUAUCUGGACAGCCAUUGUACGAAUUCAAUGCACAUUCUACUGCACCAGCCGCCAGUGAGUUUUUAUAUAUGGUCGUUCUUCGUCCUCAAUUCCACUAUAGCAAGGAUUUGUUUCUCGCUGCACUGCGACGGCGGCCGGGCUUCCAUGGGUUCGACGGGGCGGAGGGUUCUUCUGGUCGAGGACAUCGAGAUCAACAGGAUGGUGAUGAGGAGGCUUCUGAGUGAUUCUAACGUGGGCUUGGAGGAGGCAGAGAAUGGCAAAAUAGCAGUGGACUUCAUUAAGCAAGGCAGAACAUAUGAUCUUAUCUUCAUGGAUAGGGACAUGCCUGUUAUGAAUGGCCAUGAGGCAACGAAGCAGCUACGUUCUCUGGGAGUGACCACACCUAUCAUUGCUUUAUCUAGUGACUGUCUGCCAAGUGAUAGAGACCGCUUCAUCCAUGCAGGGGCUAAUGCUUUCCAAGCCAAGCCGCUUUCCAAAAUUGAACUGGUUCGGAUUCUCACCGAGUAUGGACUCAACAUAACUCGUGCUUAGUAACUGAUAAUUUUGAUGGACUACAAGACAUCUAGCUUGCUAGGUUCAUUUUCUCAUAGCAUGGAAGAUGUAUAGUGUGGCCUGUCACAUGUAAAUAUAUCACCCAUUGGCUAUGUAACUUGACAAGUUGAUGACUCUAAAUCUCUAGUUCUUCCAAGACCUCUUUUUUUUUUUUGUGUGUGUGUGAUGUAAAACAGCAGAAAGAUACCUCUGGGUGGAUGUUGAUUUCCAGUUGCAUAGUAAUAAUAUUGAUGUUUUGGGUUCAUCAA